AACGAACUCGUCCCGCGCCGUUCGUUCAGACCAGUCAUACCAAAGGUGACUCGAGAUAUGCCACGCGUAUAAAUCGUUAUAAUCAACUGAAGAAGUACCUUCACCUACCUCGAAUUCGUGUAAUUGUCGUAUAACAUAAGUGUAAUUUGAAGAAAUUUGAAAAUCAAGUGAUAUGUGAGUUGACAGAACCUCAAAAACACGUGAAUAUGUCAAGUGAAUGUACCGUACUCGCUACUUUCUCGAGGUUAUCACGUUGAAAUUGGCGGUUGGACGUCUUGAAGGAAUGGGAUAUGAAAAAGGAAGAGGAAACUUCUAAAGAUAAUCGUUUAAGUGACCCAGAGGAAUAGAUCGGCUCCGCAGAGGGUGCCAGUACGUAAGGAUUGUCGGAAGUUUUGCGAAGAAGGCGCGCGAGAGAGGCGCGCGCACGAUAGUAGGUCGAGUCGUGUUCGAUGAAACUCGGCUAGGCUCGGCUAAGUUCGAUACGCUCGAAUUCGAAGUUCGUUCGCGGCGACCGCGCGUUCGCUGUUCGGUCAGUCAGUCAGUCGCACGCGGCAAACGAAGUCCUCAAGAAGUCGAGGAGGUUAGUAAACGCGCGAGGAAACAUAGCGAACGAGACAUAACAGAGAAAGAGACAGAGACUGAACAAGGUGAAGAGAAGAAACAAUAAGUGACUCGAAGAAAACAAAAGAUUGGGUGAGAAGACGAUACAGCGAAUCUUACAUAGCGCGUUACAUUCACGUGAAGACUGGAGCCACUCUAGCGAGUGAGUCGAUCUCUCUGUUCGAUUCGAGAGAUCGACUGCUACCCUUCGUGGCAGCGUCAAUUGGCAGACGGAAAAAGAUCGUCAAAAGUGUAAUAGCACAAAGAGAAUCACCGACGAAUACGACGAUGGUAUACAGUGGUGGCUUCGACAUGGUGGAGACGAUGCCACAGACAGUACCUACUGCAGCCGGCUAUUCGCCGUCAUUCGAUUACAGCACAUUCCAGUUCGAUUUGUCCCUUCUGUCAGACGAUUAUGCCGCUACGAACACACAGAGCACACUGAAGGCAACGCAAAUCAAGCAGGAAGCACAAUCGCCUCGCCCCGGUUCGCCGACCGCUUACUCGAGUUCACCUUACCCCGGUGCCGGUGGUGAACUAUCCCCUAACUACUCUCACGAAGGUUCACCAGGAUACCCGACGAGUCCAUACUACGUGCCUAGGAGUCCUCAGAGUGCUCAAUUCUAUCCGACCAGUCCAGAACCUUCCGCGAAGCAACCGGUUAAGAGAGAAAAGAGCCUCGAUCUUCUCGCUAUUUUGCAGGAGUCCAGACUCCUAGCCGAGAGUCUAGGCUACAGGGAGGAUUCUACUGACUGUACAGUGCCGUGCACACCACCCAGGACAGAGGAGGAUAUUUACAACAGCCUUGACGCGGACUUCUUCGCGAAGAAAGAGGAUACCGCAGUGCAAGGACACCCAUUGCUGAAGGAAAUCCUGUUCAAGGAGGAGCCUCGAUCCAGCUGUAGCAGCAGCAAUAGCAGUACCAGUGGCAACACUAGCAAUUCCUCCUCCCCGUUGUCGUCCUCCUCAUCGAGCACUUCUUCCUCACCAGAUCCUGUGGAACUCGAGAACAGUUCUCCUUUGAGAAACUUGCUGUUUAAAGGUACCAGAAAGGAUUUCGCGGAUGCCACGAGAACAAAUGUUCUGAAACUUGAGAGAAUACAGGACGAGGUCCGAAAUCCUCUGCAAAAGGAGGAGGAGCUGUUCAAGGACGGACAAAAGAGCGAUCAUCAGUUGCUCAGAGAGGUUUUGAGGGAUACCAGCUUUCAAAGAAAGUACAAUUUGAGACCCGUGGAUCUGGGUAGCGUCGGAACAGGGUUCGUGGAAGACAUGGAAGCCGGCGAAUGUGUCGGUGAUCUGACCAGAGAACAGAUCGAACCUGUCCUCAGUCUAGCCAUCCAGCAGCUCCAGAAGGAUUUCGACAAUACCUGCGUGGCUCUUGGUAUUCAUCCCGAACCACGACGCUGGAGUGCUGCGGACGUAGCAGCCUGGAUCCAGUGGGCCAGAAGGCAGCUGCAAUUGCCCUCGGUGCCACUGGAGAGCUUCAACGUGGACGGUGCUACGUUAGCUUCCCUGACGGAAGAGGAAUUCUGUCAGCGUGCCCCUCAGUGUGGAAGCAUUCUUCAUGCGCAACUUGAAAUUUGGAAAGCAACAGUCGAAGAAUCUCCACGUAACACACUGGCAGCUUCCUGGGUUCCCCCUGUUGUGCAAAUAUCUAACAGUAACAAUAACACCUCAUCCCCUAUUACGAAUACAACUCCAGCCAGUGUUAAGGGCUCCACUUGCAGCGGAGAUUUCUCUGAUGACGAGGACGAGGACUGCGGUUCGCAAGCUGGAACGGGCGGUGGCGGCGGCGGCGGUGGUAAAAUGCGUAACGGUGGCUCGCACAUUCACCUCUGGCAGUUCCUGAAGGAGCUGCUGCAAAGCCCUGGCAUCCACGGUUCCUGUAUACGUUGGCUAGACCGUGGCAAGGGCGUGUUUAAGAUCGAGGACUCGGUCCGCGUGGCCAGACUCUGGGGCAAACGAAAGAAUCGGCCGGCCAUGAACUACGACAAGCUUAGCCGUAGCAUCAGACAGUACUACAAGAAAGGGAUCAUGAAGAAGACGGAACGUAGCCAGAGGCUCGUCUAUCAGUUCUGCCAUCCUUACUGUCUGUAAAUCCCGGUUCCGUUAAGCCUUUGCGCUCACGGACAUCGAACGUGUUACCUCGACGCCUUUCAAAAAUGUUUCAUAUUUAUUCCUGGCGAAAUACGUGACGAAUGGACGAGUUGAGUCUUGAUCUCGUUCGAUCUCACGAUUUAUAAUAUUAUUUAUUGUAAACGCGAUACGUGUCGGGGUAACAUCGAUGAAUAGCGUCGCCUAUCUUUGUCGUAAUUACUCGUCGAUUCUCGUUUAUAAUUAGAAUAUUAUAUUAUAUGAUUAGAAUAUAUACAUCGGCGAUAAAUUUGUCGACAUUGUGGACGAUCGAAUUAUUCUAGUUAUCGAUGGUUUAUCGAACGAGCGCAAAGAGUUUAACACCUUCUCGCCGGUUCGAGAUUCAAGGUCGUCUAGGCUGAAUACCUUGAGGCUGGCGUUCGUUUUCAAAGGGAGUUACGACGAAGGGCUUCCGACUCUUUCUGCGUGCAAUCUUUCCUCACAGGACUCGUCGCGAAGACGAACGAUGGUGUGCGUGCCUGUUUCUCUCGUUGCGUGCGUGUCUGUUCGGUGUGGUUGAUCUUUUGAACAAAAAAAUGAGAAGAUAAAGAAAAAGUAAAACAGUGAAGAAUCAGUACGGAGGUCAAAGAUAAAAAAAUACGAUCCACCGUGUCCGGUGUAUUAUCCUUCCAAGGAUAACGUCGUGCCACGGGUGGGUACCACUAAGUACGCCCGUUUUGGGCGAUCCUGUUUCCUUCCCUCUCCCUCGCCCUAGGUUUUCUUCCCCACUCUGUAGCUCCUUUUUUUCAUUUCUGCCCCGACUUUUCUCGUUGUAACAUAAACGAUUGCCCCUUAAAAAGUAAGUUACUCCUUCGUUUCACGAUCCACAAUUUCCCCGUUCCGAUUAUCGGAGGCGUCGGGACGUAUGCAGAGUCGGUUUUCAAAUCUUUCGACUGGUACGCUUUCUGUAGAAAUAUCAUCUUUCAUUUUCAACUUGUCUUUUAAAUUCUUUUUCUUCCGAUAUCAAAUUUUAAAUAACGUAUAACUUCAUAAUAAUAUCAAGGUAAUCGAUGAUCGCGUGUUAACGUAUCGAUACCACUUAACCACCAACGGUAUAUUAUGGCUCGUACUAACACUAACGUUUUACUAACGUAACGAUAACGAUAUACAUAGUACGAUAAUGCUGCUAGUAUUAUUACUAUAUUCCCAUGAUAUCGGUAAUACUACUGCAAUGUUAUGAGCGAUGUACUAACCAUAAUGUUAAUGUUAUAACGUACUGAUGGUGGUAUUAAAUCGGUAUUAUAUACCGUUGUAUUAUCAUUAGCACGUUAUCGAUGCACUUAAACGCGACGUUACGUUAACCCGCGAUAUUUCUACGACUAUUAAAGCGGCGAUCGAAAGACGAGAUGAUCGACGCGUCCGAGAUCUCGUUCGGAGGUACGUCCUACGAGGUUCGAACGUGCAACGUCGUGAUGCCGACAUUAUUGUUGUUCGAGGAUGGAAGAACAACAAGGAAGAAGCGAGUCAGUGGAGAUUUCGUUGGAGAAAAGGGAAGAAACUCCUCUUUCCUCUCUGUUCUCACGAUUGCUUACCAGCGCCGGUCGCCAAAGCCUCGAGCUGUAUCCAAUCCACGGAUCCACGAUCUAUGGACGAUCCAGCGCGCGGAACUAUUCGCUCAUGCUGGAUCCGUCCCGCCAUUUUAAUUUUUCUUUUUCAUAAGAAAUCGGAGUAAAUAGAAAGAAAAGGGAAUUAUUGAAUCCUUUGAUAGUGUUGAGAUUAUCUAUGCUUGGUGCUAUGAAUUGAAUAUUUUUUUAUCAAACAUCUUUACAACAUUUAUAUUUCACAAGGCAAUGCUAGUUUAUAAAACAUGAACUUUUUCGCUUGUAUAAAAAAAAUUAACUAUUUUUGAUGCGAAAUAUUUUACAAAUUGUAGUAUAUGUAUAGAUAGAAAGAUAUUUUUGAUACUAUAGACGUAUACAAGAAGAACAUAUUUUUCUAAACAUAUUUUCCGAAUUUUUACAUACUCGAAAGUGCCUUCUUCGAUGUUCUUAAAGAUAAAGAAAGGAAGAAAGUCCCGGCAAUCUGACACGCGUCCUUUUGAGGUACGUGCAGCAUCGCGCGUCGAGCGGUGCGGAAAAUUUUACUCGCGCGGCGUGAAACGAUCGACGCACGAUCGAUUCGUCCUACGAUGUGCGAUCUCGUCUUUCCUAUCUCGAAGAGAAGGCAUAGAGUUUCUUCGAACGACGGAAUGAGAAAUAGGAAUAAAGUGAGGAAAAAGGAAAAACAAAGAAACGGUAGAAAAAUGGCGGUCGUGAAUAGCUCGAAGCUGAUACGUUUGCGCGGCUGGUUCUGGUGAUUUUGGUCCCAUAUAUCUAUGAUAUAUUAAACAUUGUAUGUUCCAUGAACGAUCUAGCGUGUAAGUUUCACUUUAGGCGUAUAGAUAUCAUAGCGGCUCACGUGAGCCGUCUGUUAAGUUACUCGAAGAGAUUCCCUUCUAUAUCUCCUCUCCUCCAUUUCCUCUUUUUCUAACCUUUAUCUAAAUAGCGUUUAAUUCCGUUAAUCGUCGUGCUAACUUAUCAUUAAUUAAUCGUACUUCUUAUUAAGAUUUAUUUAAACCUGCUCUGAAUACUUAAAAUAGAAUUCCUGACAAUCAUGAAGCUUAAUCGCAUUCAUUCUAUAUGUCGUCUCUAUUCUUAUUCGUUUAUUUUUGUUUUUCUUUCAUUCAAUAUCGGCUUAAAUAUCGAACGAUGAUUUAUUCGAGAAUUUUAGGGCUACACAGGUCAAAUAUAAGGAUCCUCUGGAAUUUAGAUCAGCGCGAAGUAUCGAGCUUCUUCUUCUAUUCGAAGCUUCCGAGUGUAAGUCAUCGGGAUGCAAUUGCUAUUACAAUUUCUCACGCUUCAGGUCCUAAAGUCUGGAAUAGAAACAAUGUUUUCGUUCGAUAUUUAAGAAAAAGCCUUAGAGAUCGAAGAUCGAGUGAACAGUUGGAAUUCGUCUCUGUGUAAUGUUUAUUUAAUGCGACUUUAUUCUAUGAUUAUUUAAGAACUCAUCCAAACGAACCCAUUGAUAGGUUCUACUAACAUCGCAAUUGUUUCGCUCACCGAUAUCGGUUGUAUAUAAUACUUGACGUAUAAUCAUUUUGUAUGUUCGUUUUAUUUUAUUAUUAUUUUUAUUAUUAUUAUUAUUAUUAUUAUAUUAUAUAUUUUUUAAUAAUUAUUUAUUUAACUGAGUUCGUUCGUAAUCGUAUUAAUAUAUUUUAUAUAUGUACGUUACAUUGUUAGAAAGUUGUUCUCUACGUAAGAUGUCGAGGUCGUCGUGGCGUGGCAUGCCAUGGAACUGGUUUCAAUUUCGCGUUUCGGCUCUGUCUCCGCGGACCAUGUUAAAUUGAACGAUAAAGAAGAACGAGUCACUCGGGGAAGAUUUUAUUAUUUAAAACAAUGAAAUUGAUACGACGACACGCGAUCGAAGGACGACCUGUAACUUUCGCCCCGUCCUGGAUGUGCAACUACCGCGCCAAAUAUAUCGGAAUCUCGAAAUAGGUUUUUAAGCCAAAGAACAUGACGACGAGCUCGAUUAUGUUCUCGAAACUAGAGACAGAGGAAGAUAUGUUCGUUCUUAAUUCCGCGCGUUUGUGAUUCGCAAAUUUUAAUGAAUUAAAAUUCUGAUAAAAAGUUAAUUCCGUAGACUAUAUACGCGUAUAUUAUCAUCGAGAACAUGAAGUCGUGAACGUUAUAAACGUUCAUGGAAUCCUGUUGAAUUUUAACCGGUGCAUCGGUCGAAUUUCAAGAUUACAAACGUACGAGUAUUUAAGCCUGUAAUAUUUCUGUUGCCAACACGAAUACUCACUGCUAUUACCCAUGAUUCAAUCACGUAUUCCAAAAUUCCAGUUUCAAAUAAAAAUGCAAAACGAAAACAACCUGUUAGUUCUUUUAUUCUAGAAAUUGUUCUGAAUAUCAGAGACUGCAUCACCCGUGCAAUAUCAAAUUAAUUUCGAUAUUAAAUACAAUAACCUCUGAUAGACGAAUAGAAUUACCCUGAAGGGUACCUGUGAACUUGCUCUUAAUGCCAAACGCUGCAGAUUAUCCAUCGACAUGAAACGUUACACAUUCGGUUUUAAGGAUAUUGUAAUUUAUAAGUAGCCAAUAUAAAACGGAAUAAACGAGUAACGUUUUGAUCAUUUCAAUCUGAAUAUUUAAGUAAAAACGUUUCGGGACGAAACAAUUAUUAAAGCAAAAGCUUAAACGAGAUCAUUUACAAAAACUACCAGGCAACGUUUCUUUUCUUUUGACGAGCUUUGUCCAGAUUGAGAUGUAAAUUCGGUCACGUUUCUGCGUUGUAAGCCUGCCUCAUGAUCCUCGUAAUAUCGCGAACGGGAAGAAAACGAAAUCGAAUUGUUUCUUUGGUCGUCACUCGAGCGAGCACUUGUACGCUCGGCAAUCGUCAUGAAGUUGCUGUUAUUAGAAUCUUAAGUCGACGAUACGACAUACGUCGCAACCAUCUUUUAUCAGGAUUACUUUUAAAAAUAACCUGAUCCUUCUCCAAUGAAAAAAAGACUGCCGUCGUCGUACAUUCGAACGCAUUGAAAAGGUCGCUCAUAAUCGUAAACCACGACGGAUUAUCAGUUUCCAGUUCGGCAAUGUACGUGAUUUCGAUCGGGCAUCUCUCAGAUUUAUCUCCACCCUCUUUUAGCGGCGAGAUCGGUGCACAAGCAGCAACAUGCAGACUAUUCACUUAAGAAACGAUUCGUUUGUGACCAAUGAAAGAUAGUCAGCGUUGCGGUUUCUCUGCAGGUUUUCAAGGAUUUCUGUAGAGAGAUGCUUUGGUCCUUGUAAAUGAAAGAUUUAUCGAAGUAGCAGUGUAGGUUUUAAAUUGACGUUCGUUAUGAUGUAAAAACGAUAAGGCGGUAUGGAGAUAAUCGUUCAACCUGAAAGAUUUGCAUUCUGUUUCUCCGUUUCUUUCACUUCCCGCUGUUUAAAAAGGAUCGUCAAUCGAACACCAUAUCGUUCCUUCCUUAACGAAAUCCUUUUAUUUGUUGAAAUUCGAUUGAGUUUUUAGCAUUCUUUGGAAGAUUUCUUGUUUUUGUCAUGACAAAAGUUGCAAGAUUUUAUACAGAGAAAGAUUUGUAUGGAUGAUAGCCUUUAAAUAUUCUUCCAGGUUAAUUUACGAAUGGACAAGAUCAUUAUCCUACAUUUUCCACAAAAUCAUCAUCUACUCCAAGUUACAAUAACAAUUAAGAAACAACUUCUAGUAAUUAACCACAUGUAGCCGAGCGACAGUGUCCAAGAUUUCUAAGCAGCUUUCAGUCUGAUAGUUCCUAAACAUUCUACGUAGCACGUCGAUUCUCUCGUGAUGGCCGCAAAUCGUUCGUUUUCAACCCGAGACUUUACAGAAAUCGUGCACCGGUUUACUAACGCGGCCGUUCCUUCGGGGAUUUUACGAUAAUCCAUUGUGUGGCAGGCUUCGUGGCGUUUCGUAGCUUUAGUGGUAGCCGGUACUUCCGUCAGCAGUAAGGUAUACGAGUUUCAAAGUACACGCUGUAUUUUGUGAUUCCAACACGAUUAUAUAUACGAGCGACUAUUCAAAGAGAAUAGCAUUUCUACUUAAGAAUCGUGAUUAAUUCUCGAUCCUUCUCGAUGACUUUAGGAAUUACAGUGGGAAAACGCGAUGGUGAAAUGAAUGAAUGACGAAUAAAUAUCGGUUUAUUUAGGCGGAUUUAUGGACGAUUGUGAUCUUGAAAAAAUGCCGAAGGACAUUUUUCUUUGAAAUUCUUUCGCGAGAUAAAAGUUUGGACGAAACAUCUUGUGAAAAACAAACUGAGUUACUUUCAGUCGAUAAUUUUACGAAAUUUUUAAGAAUGAUGUUUAUAGGAAUAGUUUAUCAGACAAUAUAAAUUCAAAAUAAAAGUACACAGUACCUCGUUCCACGUUUCAUUAGAAUAUAGAAGAUGGAAUUGCAAUGGCAGAGAAGACGAAACCAAGCGUAAUAGAAAAAUCGUGAGCGUCAUAAUGGCUCCGUUAUUACGUUACAAAUGAUCUAUUGUCACCGGCGAGGGGGCAGUGUAAAAAAAUAUCGUUGAAUUAUUCCCAGAGAUUAGAUUAAAGAAUCCAGGUAGUCGUUUGUGGUUGGGAGGAGAGCAGCUUGCUUUUCAGUUGCAGCUGCACAACGAGAUUUCGUCGUUGCCGUGACUAACAGUUGAAACCAAUACGAACGAAGAGAACAAUGUCGAUAAUGCAACUGCCAGAGCACAGUUGUACGCCAACUAUCCGGGGCGUGGCAAUUAGAUAAGUCUUGCUGCUAUAAAAUCGAUUCUGGAACUGAUAAUUAUAAUUGGACGGUGUAAGCAGUAGACAAGUACAAUAACGAAUGUGCAAUGUGAAAACAUUCCAUGAAUCGAAGGUUGAAAGUUCUCGGAAGACAACUUUUUCGGAUACUUCCUCGUCUUUUCUCUUGUAAAGAGACUACGAUGUUCUUAAGAAUUUUUAAAAUAGCAAAAAACGUUUGUAUUUCGAAUGAAAGUAAGGUAUACAAUAUUUGAAAACUUGGCGAAAAUUGGCAAAUUAACCUCUACUAAGAAAAAAAAGAAGUGAAAGUAAUUAAAUGUUCUAUAUAAACAAAUUAUAAGACCAGAAAUGAUCUCGACUCAAUUUUACAUGAAUUAAACUGAUUGUACUUAAAGCAGCAUCACACCCGAAACUAUGUAAAGAGAAUAAAAAAGAAAAGGGGAAGAAAGGCGUGCUUCCAUUUUUUUGAACGACCGUGAGUCGAAUCGUCGAGUCUAGUUGUUAUAAAUUUGGACGUAAUCACGAAACGGCGCGGCGUGCGAGCAUAUUAUAUAUCAAUGGCGGUGAGACUCGUUCAUUCGAUAUGUUACUUAGCGUUAACGAGUUUAUUUAAUUAGGAUUAAGAGUUGUUUUAUCGUUACUUAAAACGAUCGGUCUUGUUGUAAGGCAUUUUGUUACGAGUUAAAUAUUUAUACCAUCGUCGAUCAUCCUGCCCUAUCAUUGCCCCCAUUAAAUAAGAUUAAACUAAAAAUACCGCGCGCAGUGAUUAACAACGAUCAACAUCAAUAUCAACGAUACCUAAUUGCAUAGAAAUCCACAAACACACGCAUGUAUGUAUGUAUAUGUAUACAUUAUAUUUUCUAUUGUAUGCCGAUGUUCUUGCUGUCAGGAUUUGAAAGCGAGAUACUAACACGAAGCAAAGAUAAGAAGAAAAAAAAUAAAAAAAAACGAUUGCAAAACCUCCCAGAAAA